AUGGUUCGAUAUAUUCCCGGGUUGACAACAACGGGCGUUACACCGGUUGCGCGCCCAGCAGAUCCUCUGACGGAUCUGACCCGACUUCUCAACCGCCUUCAACAAACCAUCCUGCGCGCUGAUGCCGAGCGCGAAGCCAGGCUACGGGCAAGCGAGUAUGAAAGAGAGAAGGCGCAAGCAAAUAUCAACUAUGCCCGAUCACUCCUCACCAAGUUAGAACAGGAGGCAUUGGGGGUCAAAAUCCAUGUCCGGAAGAACGAGAUUCAAACCGAUUUGAUACGGAAGCGAGAGAUUAUCGAACAGCUUACGGAGCGCCUGAGUGACUUGGCCGAGAUCGCCGCAGCAGAAGAGGCCAGCAGGCAUGGAGGGGAGGGUGAUAAUGGGGAAGAUACGUCCGACAGCGAAGAUAUUCUUGCCGACAUAAUAGCGACGCCAAGCGAGAGCCUCGAUUCCAUCAAAUCACCCGGUGCGCCUGUACUUGGGGAGGAGGAGGAGGAGCACGGAUGGGGCGACGACCAGGACCAGGUAGCAGAGGCAGCACCAAACGCAGAAGAAAAGGAGCAGCAGCCACAAGACCAGGAAUUGAAUGAGAAGCAGGGGACGGAGGGACCGAUGGACGAUAUAAGGACUCAACAACCCGAACUCCUUUCAGAAAAGCGACCAUUUCCUGAAACAACCACCACACAAAUAAUCCGCCCUCGCCGGCAGCCUAACAAUGACAACAAUGAUGCAGCCAACGAAAAGCCAACAGCACAAACAACAUCCUCCUCCCUCCUCCCGCCCUCCACGACAGCAACUUCUUCAUCACAGCCAGGAACGAUCUCCGCCACCGCCGAAGCCAUCCUCGACACCCAGCGGGCCGAGCAAGACGCUCUCUCCGAGUCCAUCCUCAAACUUGCCACCGAGCUGAAGGCCUCCUCGCAGGCGUUUUCGUCGUAUCUGGAGGAAGAUAAAGAAACGCUGGAGAGGGCGGGUGAAGGCAUGAAUAAGACGGAGCAGGGCAUGACCAGGGUCACGGGCAAGAUGAGCACGUUGCAGAGGAUGACGGAGGGAGAAGGGUGGUGGGGAAGGAUGAUGUUGUAUGCGUAUGUUUAUGGGUUGAUGGUGGUGCUGUUGUUGGUGGUUUUUGUGUUGCCCAAGUUGAGGUUUUGAGGGGGGUUGAUGGGUGGUGUGAACUUUGGGGGGGUCACUGAAGCGCUGGAGAGAGAGGGGCAGGUUGGUGGUGUUGGGGAAAUAAUAAUUCAACGCUAUGAUUAAUGGACUAAACUUGGCAGGGUAUAAUACACCUGAACUAAAGCCGGG